AUGUGGGAAGACAUCGACGAAACAGAAUUAGUGAAUGUUACUGUAAAAGCCGAACAACAUGGAAGUGCCGUCAUGCAUAGAGAUGUGGAAGAAUUACAAUGGGAGACUAUCGAUGCCUCCCAGCUAAUAAACAUAACUAUGGAAGCAGAACAAAAUGUCGGUGAAGAAGAACAGGAAGAACGUGACGUCUUAGAAGAAGAAGAGGUAGAAGAAGAACAGGACGAACCUGACAUCUUUCAAGAGGAAGAAGUAGAAGAAGAAGAACAGAACGAACAUGACGUGUUAGAAGAAGAAGAGGAAGACGAAGUCCAGGACGAACAUAACGUCUUGGAAGAGGAAGAAAUAGAAGAAGAACAGGAUGAACCUGACGUGUUGGAAGAAGAAGAAAUGGAAAUAAGCGGAAACAACAACAUCGAAAUAGGUCCGUUGUCGACAUCGACAACAGCAAGCACAAACGCAUCGUCUGAGGAAAUUCGCAGUAGGAUGGUUCGACAAUUAAGUCCAAAUAGCGAUUCUUCCGAAGAAAUCCGAAAACAAAUGAAACCGUCGUCAGCAACGCACGAAUAUUUAAAAAAUUCCAACCCCCAACAGCACCCUCCGAAGAAAGAGAAGAAACUGGAAAAGUACGUCACACAGAAGCCCUCCCAAGAAUCCGCCCGUCCCACCGUAUCCGACAGGAGCCCGUGCGCAUCCGUAGCAUUCACCGCCGAAGCGCACGGCGACUUUUACGUUCUGCGCAGCAUCGUAGCCAUUGCACCUGUAGAGGCAAAUCGAACCGCCGGCCCGGCCGGAAUACGACGGUUCGUCGAACGUCGCUCCAGCUGUGGCCGUUCGCAUAUCGACGUAUAA